UUCCUCCUGUCAAACAUGGCGCUGUCCUGCUCCAGGCUGUGCAGCCGGUUGUCUUUGAUCCGACUGAGUGGUCUGAGCUCAAACAGGACAACAAAUGGCUUUUAUCUUCUAGACAUUUCCCAUCAGUCCAGGUUACCUUUGUGCAGAUAUUACACUUCCUCUAAUGUCAGACGAGGUAUUGGACGGUAUGUUUCCUCCAGACUCCAGCGGGCAAAUGCCAAAUAUGAAGGCUUCCUUAAAAGACGUUUUCCUCGAUUUUACCAGCUUCAUCACACCUUUGUGCAAGGAUUCAAGAUGCUGUUCCAAGAUGCCAGAGAUGCAAGGAGGAUAAAAGCCAAAAUGCUGGUCGAUGGAGUGAAAUUCCAGGAUUUGCAUUACAGGGAGAUGGAAAAACUCAGACAGUUUCGCAGAGACCUAAUAAAGGCCAUCCCACUCGUGGUCAUAUCCAUUCCUCCUUUUGCAAACUACCUGGUUUUUAUCCUGAUGUACUUUUUCCCUCGUCAGCUUCUGAUUCCUCAUUUCUGGACCCCCCAACAGCAGCUGGAGUUUCGGAGAUUCUAUCAUUCCUACAGGGCACAGCGCCACCAAGCAGUGCUCAAAGAGCUCGAGUAUACAAGCCACCAGGUGAAAAAUGGUCACCUGCGAGGUCUUCUGAAGAAUCUCUGUGCUAAGGUGCAAAGUGGAGGAAAUCCUAAAGUGUCUGAAAUCCUUGCAGUCAAAAGCCUGUUCUCUGGAGCCCCGCUGGCUGUAGACGCACUGAGGAGUAAUCAUAUGAGAUACAUCAGCUCCCUCCUCUUCCUGACGCCUCGUCUCCCUGGGUUCCUGAUUGGCCGGCGACUGAACAGCCACGCCCUGGAGCUGCUCCAGCUGGAUCGAGCCCUCAGCCGACUGGGCCCGCACCAGCUGACUGACUCAGAACUGAGACAGGCUUGUUAUGUAAGAGGAAUCAAUGCCGACAGUCUUGGAACCAACCAGUCUCGUGAGUGGUUGUCCCAGUGGCUUCAGGUGUCAUCUGCAUUGAAAGAUUCAGAGGUAUCACUUCUUUUGCACUGCAUCGUACUUCUGUCUGCAAACUACCCCAGCGCCCCAAGCCGCCACUGACAGGAAGCCUGCUGCCGUGAUUAUGGCCAUUUUUGUGUUGCAUUGCUCAACUUCCUGAGAGUUUUCAGUAUCUCCUUACUGCAAAAGGAAAAAAUACAUUUAACAAAUUUCCUUUCGAGAUAAGGUUAAAAAGAAAAAAUACAACAGGACAUUGAUGCUUACCUGAAGGAAAAAACACGGCCUGUGCAGUCAGAUUUUCAUUUGAAAAUAUGAUGUUAGUGUCUUUAUCAGACAGAAAAGCUGCUUUUGUUCGCAGAUUUGAACCUUAGCAGGAAGUUUUAUUCCAAUUGAUGCACUUAACUAGUGCGCCUGGCAAAAUAUUUAUACCCCUUUGAUUUUUUUUUAUUUCCUUGCUUUAUAACCACAGACCCUAAUUGACCUUAUUAGUAUUUUAAGUCAUAGACCAAGACAAAACGGCACAUGGACAUUGAGCAAAAUAGAUGCAGUCACUGUAGAUCAUUUUUGCAGAAUCUCAGAUUGAAUAUAGAUCUGUGCACAUUAAUUUUUCAUUCCCAGCCUUUGUCCCUAAAAUACCCCUAAAAUGUGUCCUGUUAGAUGCUCUGUGGAUCUCAUCUCAAGUUCCUGACCAUAUCUUGGUCUGUUUGCAGUUAAGCUGUCCUCAUUGGUUGACAGAUUAAAUGCCGCUCCAUUAGUUGUGGGAUAUCGUUAUAUAAUCCAACCCUAUGUUAAGCCUCUCUCUGACCCGUCUACACUGUUCUUUAUUGUUCAUUAUUUGGUUUGGCUUCUCUAAUGUCCUCUAAUGAACCUUUGAGUUCAGGACACAACAUCUGUCUAUAAAGUCACUUUUGUGCACUAAUUUUGAAGGAUCUUAGUUAUACUGGAUUUUAUUUAGGGGAGUAAAAAGCUGAAAACAUGUAACCCAUCCUUUCUAGAUUUUUAUUAGUACUUUCUACUUUGAACUGUGUAUGCCUCUACUUCCUCUUUACAGCUAUGCAGCACUUUUAGGCUGUGUGUCACAUAAAGUCUGUAUAAAAUAAAAUAAACUUUGUGGUUUUAAUGUGACAAAAUGUAAAAAAAAGUUAAAGGGGUAUUAGUAUUUUUUUAAGGCACUGCAUAGAAACUUACAAUCUUUUGGGUAAAGCAUUUAUUCUUCCUGUUUUUCAGGUUACUGCUGCUUUAAAUGUUAGCAUAGCUUCUGCUUGUUGUUGCACAGCUAUAAAUGCAAGUUAGCGAAACGGCAAUGAUUCUACUUGAAAAAAAAAAUAAUGGAGCAGAUCAGUGCUAAGAAAGGGUAAGAAGAGCUUUUAUGUCUGUAUUCAGAAUAUACGGACCUUUUUGCUGGUGCUCUUAUCUCGAUUUGUGCUUUUUUGUUUCCAAUAUCAGUACAUGACAAAGCUGUUCAGAAAACUAUAGAAUGGACACUUCUUUUUUUCAUUAAAAAACAGCAGUAAAUUACUCAAGAAAACAUGACUUUUAUGAUAAGUAGAGACAGACUGUCAAGUAUGCUUACAUGAGAGGUUUAACUUCAAAUUCACAAUAUUUAGACUGCAUCAUACACCUAUACGCCAAGAGUUGUAGUUGCACUUUACUGUUUACUUUUAUCACCAAUCAAUCUCUUUAUCUGGAGACUUAAACUUUUUACUUAAAUCCUGAAAGGUUUUUGAUUAAAAAGUUUCAUACAAGAAUUUCAGAUGUUUGAGUGAAAGUAAAACACAGCAGCUGGUGUCGUUCGGUGUCACUCUGCUUGUUUUUGCUUCCUGUGCCUUUCACCAGCUUUGGCCGUUUGCUUUCACAUCUGAAGCAUGACUUAUGAAGUAAAAGUUAUUUUCUGAGUCUUUUUUUUUGUGAUGAUAUUUGUUCAUGUUCUGAGUGAUG